AUGUUCCAGGCAUUAGAGUAUAAUUUACCGCAUGGAAAAAGGAUUCGAGGGCUUUUGGUUGUUCUUUCAUAUAUGUAUUUUUCAAAUGGAAACAACAACCGACUCCGUAUGGCUAAUCUCAUCGGCUGGGUCAUAGAAUUGGUAAUUUUUAAGUUGCUUAUUUUCAAGUUGCAAGCCUCAUUUUUAAUACAUGAUGACAUUAUUGAUGAAGCCUCUACACGGCGAGGUCAGCCAUGCUGGUAUCAAACACAAAAGGCUCAGCAUGGCUUGAUUGCCAUCAACGAUGGUUUGCUGAUGUACAUCGCCACAUAUCGCUUGCUUAAGAAAAUUUUGAUCCCCGAAGAGGAAUAUGAGGUUAUCUACCAUAAAAUUCGUGAUGUCUUCGAAGAUUGUUCUUACCGGACUUGUAUUGGCCAGACCUUGGAUGUACUCAGUUCAUUCUCUGCUAAUCCCGGUAAAACUUUCCCAUGCGAGAUGCAUAGUUUCGAAGAUCGUCUAAAUGCUAUUUCUGCAUGGAAGACAGCCCACUAUAGUUUCAUUCUUCCGGUGUAUUGUGGCAUGAUUUUGGUAAAGCCUCAUUAUUAUAGUUAG